GAGUGGCUGUUGGGCUCCGCCGGUUGCCAGCCCGGCCCCCGACGUCCGGCAGGAGAGGCGCUCCCGCGGCCCGUUCCCCGCGGACGAGAGCGGCGGCAGCAUGGAGGCCCUCGGGGAGAGGGCGCCCUCGGCGGCGCGGCCCCUGCUGCGUCUGCUGGGCGCGGAGGGGCGUUUGGCGUCCUGCGGCGGGCAGGGGGAGGCGGUUUGCUGGCCGGCCGGCAUGGGCCGCGUCUCGGGCACCGUCCUGGCGGACGAGGAGUCGGAGCGCGACAGCGUCCACACGGGCGAGUCGCACGAGGGGGCCGAGGAACUGCAGGUGGAGCUGGCCCAGCUCUCGACCGAGCAGCUGCUGGCCCUGGUGGAGGAGAACAGCCACACCAACGCCAUGUUCAAAGUUGAAACAGAAAUGUUUGAGAAAUUUUUCACUAGAUUGGAGCCAAAAGACGUGGUAGGAGAAAGACACGGUUCAUCGCUGGACUUGGGACAAGCACCAUAUCCGCGGGGCAGGCGCAAGUCGAAAUCCCGAAUCACAACGGAUCGUGUGAUAUGCCUGACGGUGGAACAGAAAUGUGACCUGGUGCAGCGGGAGUUGGAAGAGACCAAGGAAGAUCUGCAGCUGAUGAAGGAGAACUCAGAAAGGAACUUGCAGAAUUACCUGGCUAUCCUAGAGGAAGCAGAUAUUCGCUUGGUUGAAAUUAAGAGAGCUAUGAUGGAGUUUGACAAAGACAUAGUCAAAACUAUAACUAAGAAGAAAGGGAGCGUCAUUGCCUCUGAUAAGGUGCUGCGAUAUAUGGAGGACCAGAUUCGUUCUAGGGAUGUUAUGAAGGAAAAAAUCCAUUUGAAAAACGAUUCUCUAAAAGUUCAGAAGAAGAAGAUGCAGAUGCAACUCAAGCAGAAGGAGGAGCUGGGAGAGGCGCUGCAUGAGGUCGAUUUCCAGCAGCUCAAGAUUGAGAAUGCUCAGUUCCUAGAGAAAAUAGAUGAACGGAACCAAGAUUUACUGCAGCUGAAACUGACUGUUGGCAACACCCUGCAGAUCCUCAACUUCUACAAGAGGAAGCUGCACUAUGCAACAGCCAUGGCUACCUACCUGGUGAAAGACAUUGCGCAGAGGAAGGAGUCCCUGGAGAAAAUUGCGCGCGAGGCCGUCCUUGUGGAAGAGGAACGGGUAAAGGCUGAGACCCUGAACAAAAAACUACGGCGACAACUGGCAGAAUACAAAGUUCCUCCUGUUCUCAACUACGUUCACGAGAAGGUGGCUGUUCACGAUCUAGAAAACAGCCUCAGGAUCUGGGAGAGGAAGGUGGAAAUUGUAGAGAUGGCCUUGAAAAGCUACCGCAAUGUUUGGCACAAGGCGAAGAUGGCCAGUCACCAGCUGCAGGUGCUUCUGCCCGAACAGGAGAGACGCAAAGCAACAGAGGGCCUCUAGAGAAAUAAGGAAAAGGGGGGCAGGAGAAAACUCGCAAGCCUUCUGCUGCACCCCUGGCCUCUUCGUCCUGAUGCAGACCUUCCUCCUGAUGAUCCCCCGCCCCCGCCAGACCAAGGCAGGUUUUGGAUAGGCACGAAGCCCCUGGAGGCCACCAAGAGGGAGGCUUUCUCCAUGCUGCCUCAGACCUCAAGGCUUCUGUUUCUUCCUCUGCAGACUGGCUUUUAAAGUCUGUUCGGAAACUGAUCUGUUUGAAGUUAUGAAUAGAUCAUGAUAGACCUGCUUGACUGCAGAGCUAUGAAGUUUAUUCAAAUCACUCAGCAAUAUGAGAAUGAAUAAAAGGAGUGGUAAUGCAUCCAGACUCCCCGUGUGCAGGGCUAAAAUUGAGCCUUUUGGGAAGUGGGGGAAGGGGACAGAAACCUUCAAGCCAGACAUUCUCCAAAGAGAGGCCCUAAAAGCACCAAGCAGAAGUGCAGUUGCAAUGGACAGCUUGCUGGGUGGAUUUCCCUGCCAGAGCCUGAGAAAAAGUGGGAAGGGAGAAGUAGCAUCAGAGCUAUUCAAGGUGCACAUCCACAGGAAUCGGAUCUCAGGGCCGUACAAGAACUCAGCCCUCUUUCCUUCUCACCCGUCUUUUGCACUUCAAGGGAGGGGCCUACUGCAUGGACCCAAAUGAAGGGCAAAGGCAGUCAAGCCACCGGCCGCAAACUGCCUGCCCUGGGGAGAAGCAAUCAAUUGGGUCCCCAACAGCUUAGUGGGCGAAGAGACCUGAGAAGGACUGAAUGGGAAGAUGGACUUGGAUUGUCCUCCAUUGUCAGAGGAUGCUGCCUGGGUCAGAACUUUCCAGCACAGGCUUCUUCUCUGUGCGAGAAACACUAAAACAAAACGAAAGUGACAGGUUGGAGGCAACAUCUAAAAGUGUCCAGAAUCUUGUGUGAAGUUUCAUGGUGAGAAAUCUUUAGCAGGAGAUGCCUUCUGUAAAUUUACAUGUUGUAAGUUAAACAGGUUGAAAUGGGGGGGGGGGGAAACUAAAA